AUGCAUGCCGAUUCCUAUAAGAGAACACCUAUCUCGGGUGAAAUGACCCAGUUCAACAGUAAACUAGCAGAAAUGGUGAUCAAAGAUAGUGACUUUGACGAAUCCCUCGGCUAUGCGCUGCUCCGGGGAGACAUGGGAUCCAUCUGGGAUAUCGGAAAGGGUGAACGCAUGAUGAACGGAACAAUGGAUCCGGAGUUGAUUCAGCGAGCCAAGGAACGUGCAAUCCGUGCCCAGUUGAACUCUGCUGAUGGUGAUACGUGCGAGAUUCACGAUCAGUUCUAUCGUGAUCAUAAGCUGUUGCUUGUACUGUUUCGGGCGCUAGCCGUUAUGCCGAUUCUGCGGUCAUCACCUGGGCGAAUCACGUUCGACUGGAAAUCUUGGGCCUCGAUCUACGCGUACUGCUUCUACGCGGUCAGCAGCAUUGUGGUGUUGAUCGUGGGAUACAAACGGGUGGUCAUUUUGCAACAAACGAAUAAGUUCGACGAAUACAUUUACGGUAUUCUCUUUGUGAUUUUCCUUGUACCGCAUUUUUGGAUUCCAUUCGUCGGCUGGGGUGUGGCAAAACACGUUGCCGUCUAUAAAACCAUGUGGGGAGCAUUCCAGGUCCGUUAUUAUCGGGUCACAGGGACGAGCCUCCAAUUUCCUCGUUUACAGGUUCUGAUCGUCAUGCUCUCGGUUGGUUGUCUGGUAUGUGCGAUUGUGUUUCUAUGUCUGCUCAGUUAUUUGCUAGAAGGUUUUACUCUUUGGCAUACGACGGCUUACUAUCAUAUCAUCAUUAUGUUAAACAUGAACAGUGCACUUUGGUACAUCAAUAGCCGCGGGAUACGGGUAGCUUCUUCCAGUUUGUCCGACCGUUUCCGGAAGGAUGUUGCCAUAGAGUGCACUGCGGCAAUGAUCUCCCAGUAUCGCUUUCUGUGGUUAAAUCUUAGCGAACUACUCCAGCGGCUGGGUAAUGUAUACGCCCGGACGUAUUCUACCUAUUGUCUGUUUAUGUUUGUCAACAUUACUGUUGCCAUCUAUGGGGCAAUGUCGGAGGUUAUCGAUCAUGGUUUCGGAUUCUCUUUCAAAGAGAUUGGACUGAUUGUCGCCGCGGUGUAUUGUGGAACACUGCUGUUUAUUUUUUGUGACUGUUCGCACCAUGCUACCCGGCAGGUCGCACAGGGAGUACAGGAUACUUUGUUGGGCAUAAACCUGCUGAAGGUUGAUCUUCCCACGCAGAAAGAAAUUGAUCUUUUCAUUCAGGCUAUCGAAAUGAACCCGGCUAUCGUGAGCCUCAAAGGAUACGCGGAAGUGAACCGGGAGUUGUUGACGUCGAGUAUUAGCACGAUCGCCAUCUAUCUGAUCGUGCUGCUGCAGUUCAAACUGUCACUUAUUUCCCAACAGAUGCCACCCGAGUUUAUACAAAGCGUUAAAAAUCUUGCAAAUCAUAAUUGAGUUUUAUUGGUUAAAUAGUUUUGGUAUGUUUUAAGAAUCAAUAAAAAUACAAAUUUGUU